AUGGACGAAGAACAGUCUCUGCUGAUGCGGAUUCCCGCCGAGAUUCGCAUGAUGAUUUACGAGCACCUCCUGGACGACGGAGGCGAAAAGAAACUUGCGAUCCGCAACAAAGCCAUGCACCAGCUAUUCGCAGGGAAUCUGGGCACGUAUAACCGGUCGAAAUACCGAGUAAUGCAGAGAUCCUUUCAACGGACCUGCUUCGAGACGACGUACCACCUGGCGGCGAAGACGAAGAUGCAUACCGCAAUCAUGGCCGUCAACCAGCAGGCCCACCGCGAGACGAGCCAUAUGCUGUACGGCCUCCACAAUUUCGACUUUGACGGCGAUAUCGAGGCGGUUGUGCCGUUUCUCCAAGACCUGACACCGCGGUCGCGGGCCAUGAUUGGAGAGGUGACAAUCCGCAAGGCGAGCCCAUUGCAUUUCACGGAUAGCGACCGGUCGGAUUGGUCCAACAUGUGCAAAUACCUGCGGAGGCUGGACAAGAUUAUUCCCAAGCUGCGGGUGGUUGUGGACGGCGGCAAGCCUGCCGAGAACGCGUGGGAAGGCGGGCGCCAGCUUGAGGUGUCAGACCUCAGGCUGUUGAGUCUCAUCAAGCACGAGAGCAUGGAGUGGAUUGCGGAUCUGAAGACAGUCGAAGGCCUUACGGAGCUGGAGGUCGUCCCCCACAUGCGCUACCUCGGGGCGCCAACGACGUCGACAGCGUUGCUGUUCGCGGCCUUCUCCGCGUCCAUCGACACAGCGCUGGUCGAUUUCCUGCGGGAAGACUGCAAUCUUCCCGCGAAGGCAUCGACCUCGGCUUGA